AAGAACAAGUCAUCGAUGGAGUUUUCCCUUCGAUUGAAGCGCGGUUUCUUACUACUGCAAAGGCCAAGUGCCAGUGUUCGUGGUUCGCUCACCUCGAAUAUGACCUGAAGGAUGAGACUAAACAGACAGAAUGUCAUUAAAAUCAUGCCCGGCCGACGCGAAGGGCAAAAUUUGCAGAAAUUUUAGAUAUCUUCCUUUUCUAUGCAGCUUCGCGCCGCUCGAGGCAUCAAAGAAGGCGAAGAGAUUUUCUAGUUACACCAGAAUUCUGCUGCCAACCGCGGAAAACCUUUUACCCUACGGCAUCAAGUGCACCUGCCGCGCCUGCCUCAACCCUACCAAAAGCGAUCCUAUCCACGCUGCUGUCUUCAACUGUCCUUGCGUGACCGCUCCGAUGCAGAACUCCGAUAAUACGAGAGCCGGGAGCGCGUCCGGACGCCUGAAUCGAUCCUGCGGUGCAGACUGUUGCGAGGAUCGAAGAGGAAGGGUCACAAGGAUCGCAAGAGUACUAUAAGACGUUUCAUCAGUUGUACAACACGCAUAUGCACCAGAACGAUGAGAGGAAGGCAUUGAUGUAUGGGGAGCAGUU